AUGCUGACCUGUCAUGCUGCCACGUCAGCAUCCCUGUCCCCUCCUUCCGGUUCGCUACCAGACCCAUUCUGCGGCAGACUUCUAGGCCCCCCUCCUGCGGACCAGCACUGGUGGGACUCCCUGCUCUUUGCCGGGCCUCUUGUGGUUCGGACCGGGCCUGAGCAGGCGGCUCGGGUGGGCGGCAAGGCAUGGCGGAUGUACUACCAUGGGAGGGACACAGAGGAGUGGGGCGUGGGGGUGUGUGCGCAGUCAGGCACUCCGUUCGGGCGAGUGGGGAUGGCUGCGGAUGUACUACCAUGGGAGGGACACAGAGGAGUGGGGCAAGGGGAUGUGUGCGCAGCCGGGCACUCCGUUUGGGCGAGUGGGGAUGGCUGUCAGCAGCGAUGGGAUCACGUGGGAGAGGGGUGUGUGUGUGACUAUGAGAGUGGUGUGUGUGUGACUAUUGCAGGGGUGCGGAGGAGUGGGGCAAGUGGGUGUAUCGUGGCCCUUUACCUGGUGGAGCCGUACCCUGGGCCUUUACCUGGAGGAGCCGUAUUCGAUCCGUCAGAUGACCCGUCAGCCUUUGACAGUGUGCACGUGGGGUGCAGUGACGUGCUGCUGCUGCCUGAUGGCAAAUGGCUCAUGCUCUACUAUGCAGGUGGUUUGGACCCGGGUCGUUUCCCUGCCUGGCCAACUGGCAAGACGGCACUGGGUGCGCGCAUGCGAUGUGGCGUUGCCAUGUCAGCAGACGGGGUGACGUGGCAGCGAGCAAAAGCUCCUUUCCUGGACGUGGGUGACGUGGGCAGCUGGGAUGAGCUGGCAGUUUCAUGGCCACGUCUGACUGUGCUGUCCACGUGGCACAGCAACACAGGAGCUUUCGCUGGGGCACCUCAUAAUUUGUCCAAGUGGGAAGGCAGGACAAGUGAGGGAGCAGAUGGAGGAGAGGGAGGAGGAGAGCAUACGGAAAGAGCAACAGCCAAAGAUGCUGUUCAUUCAUCGUUUGCUGACAUGGCGGUUGCGGACAGGCUGCUGACGUACCAAUCCGUGGGCGACCCACACGCCCCUGGCCAUGCCCAUGUGGGGGAGGACGGGGAGGUGGACCGAGUACCGGAGUCCCUUCCGCAGUACUGCUACACCAUCGGCUCGGCUGCCUUUGAUCCGAGCACAAAGGCAUGGACCAAGAAGGGCUCCUGCAUCCGCAGAGGGCCCUUGGGAGCAUGGGAUGAAGCAGGGGCCAACCGUCGCCAUGUGCUGCCCUUGGCUGCUUUUGGCCCAAAGGCUGUUCAGAAAUGGGAGCAGGAGCAGAGAGUGCAGCAGCAGGAACAGAGAGGGCAGCAGGGGGGGAUGAACGAGGAUAGUGGUGCGGCAGGAGAAGGCAGUAUCCCACCGAUGCUGCUUAUGUUCUAUGAAGGGGCGCGUUAUAAUGGGACGUACUCAAUCGGGCUAGCGUACUCUGCGGAUGGAGGGGAGACGUGGGAGAAGGCCCGGCAUGUUGGACCCGAGCCUGGUGGCCCAAUCCUCCAGCCAAGGUUUGGAGAAGAGGUUUGGGACAACCUGCUGGUUGGAACUCCACACCUGGUAGUGAUGGGUGAGGGAGGAGAGGGGAAGAUUGAAGGAGUAGGGGAGGGGAAGCGUGAGGGAGAGGUGGGGAAUGGCAGGAUUCUAAUGUAUUACACUGGGGUUGGGGAGGUGAGUGGACGUGGGAGAGUGAGGGGGAUAGGAGCAGCAGUGUGGGAGGGUGGAGAGACUGGGGACCUGAGCAAGUGGAGGAGACUGUUUGUGGAUUAA